GGCCAUUUUUCUAUCGUUAUGGAUUGUUCCCGGAACUGAUUUUUACAAUGGCGCACAAGCAUGGCGGGGCCCAUAGGCCUCGCUGCACCGCCUGAACCAGACACCUCCUCUCCGGUGACGGUACCGUUUCGCAACACUCAGCUGUUUCAGUUGGUCAUGCAGGUGUUAUCACCAACGGCUGAGAAUACGACCAGUACGCCCGCCUUCGCGGCUGGGAACGUCUCCGAAAUCCCAUAUGGGAACGAAUCGCGCAUCGCUGCGAUCGUCACCAUUGGUGCGGUGUUCGCCUUCGUGACGUUUACGGGAAAUCUUAUGGUCAUGGUCAGCUUUAAGAUAGAUAAACAACUGCAGACAAUUAGUAAUUACUUUUUAUUCAGUCUGGCUGUGGCUGAUAUUGCUAUAGGAAUGAUUUCAAUACCUCUAUGGACAUAUUACACAGUAAAGCAAUCGUGGGGCAUGGGCUACACGAUGUGCCAACUUUGGCUGUGCAUCGACUACCUCAUGUCUAAUGCGUCCGUGCUCAACUUGUUGUUGAUCUCAUUCGAUCGAUAUUUCUCCGUGACGCGGCCGCUCACCUAUCGACCAAGGAGAACGAAGAGGAAAGCUUUGAUAAUGAUUGCAUGUGCCUACAUUAUCUCUGCGAUUUUGUGGCCGCCAUGGAUUAUUAGCUGGCCGUUCAUCGAAGGGAAGUACACUGUCAGAGAUGAUGAAUGUGUUGUACAAUUUCUACAGACAAACCCGUACGUGACAGUUGGUACGGCUGUGGCCGCAUUCUACCUCCCCGUGACAAUCAUGAUUAUUUUAUACUCACGAGUUUACUGGGAAACACGUAAACGACGAAAACAGUUCGGGAAACUACAAGCAUCCCAGUUCCCGAGGCGGUCGCUAAUUCAUCGUGACCCAUCCACGAACUCAUUUGUGAAACCAAAUUUGCGGAGCUCAUUAAGAAAAACCGCUUGGACCAAUGAUCCCAAGAGCGGUAGAAAAAGUCGAUUAUCAUGGCUAAAGUUAUGCACUGCAAAAUCGCAUUCGUCUUCGGAGGAUAGCUCUGAGGCCCAGGUUGUUAACAUCGAUGACACGUCCCUUUCUUCGUCGCUCUAUGCUGGAAAGAAGAAAAAUCCUAGCCCUCCACUUACCCCUAUACCUGCCAAUGAUGAAACCAUAUCUGGUGAGACACAAACGGAAAAUAGUCCACGAAGCGGUUCAAUGCGAGCACGAUCACAAACCACAGACAGACCUACAUGUGAUACUUAUACGGUAUUGAUCGAGUUGAAAGAAGAAGGUGCUCGACCUAGUGUGCGACUAAGCAACUGUGAUAAUGAUCUGAUGCGCCGAGAAUCGUCGCGCAAGUCUCGGAGUGAUUGUCGAGUGGACCACGCUGGUGAUGUUGAUCGACAACCAAGUGUAAAAGAAGCUGCGUCUCCGGCCAAGAACGGUCGCUUUACGAGAAUUGGCAACGCAAUUAGUGCAAAUGACCGGAAGAGCGAAAAAGAGCGAAAGAAAAAUGAGCGAAAGCAAGAAGGCAAAGCUGCCAAGACACUAUCGGCAAUUCUUGCCGCUUUUAUCGUGACUUGGACGCCAUACAAUGUGAUUGUCUGCUAUGAGGCAUUCUUUCCUCAUACAUUACCAGAGUACUUAUUUACGGGCAGUUAUUUUCUCUGCUAUAUCAAUUCAACAAUCAAUCCGCUCUGCUACGCCCUUUGUAAUGCAAGGUUCCGACACACGUAUCGACGAAUACUCAGGUGUAAAUUCGGUGCGGAACGUCCAAAUAUUUCAAGAAAUGCGUAUGUUCGACGGCAAUGAAAGACAACGUUCCCACUCCGAGCAAUACACUUUCUUUCCGGUGCUAGCUGCUCAAUCUGCAUUUUUUCUAACGGGUUCUCAACAGUCAGUAUUGCAACGAUCUUUAUGUGCAUAAUAGAGGAGAAUCACAUGUAUAUUUAUUAAAUCUUCAUUUUUGCAUUUUCUCAGCAAACUACGCAUUUAUAAAUUGUAUGAAAUUUAUGGAUUAUUGUAUGGAAACGGUACAAAUACCUGUGUACAUCAGAAGAGCGGCUCAAAUGUGCUUCUUCCCUGAGCAGUGGAAGCACAUCAAUAGCACCAAUUACUCAUAGAAUCUUUCAUCAAACAUAUAUAUUUGAUCUUUUUGUUGUUUUCUUUGUUUUCCUCUUUGUAACAGAGUUUUUUUU